GUAGUUAAUAUAUAAACUAUAUAUAAAAGUAUUUAGUUAUAUACCUAACAAAUUGUCAGUUCCCUUAAAUUCUAUUGGUAGCAGGCAGCUGUUCCAUAGCGGAGAGACAAUUUUAUGUGUGUAUGUGUCUGUGUGGUGAAUAGGUCCUGUUAUUACAAAAAUUAAUUGGAAAAAAAGGCAAUGUUCACCAAUAUAACUGGCGGGAGAAUAAAAUUUGUGAUGUUUUAUCAUUUGUUCAAAACAUUAUUUUAGAUUCAUAAAAAUCGUAAACGUUUUACGUUCCCAUGGACUCAUCUGUCAAAAUGAUGGAAAUUGAAACUGAAAAUUCAAUGAAAGAGUCGACACAAACAAUGCGAUCUAAUGGAGAAGUAAAUGGAUCGUGCGAUGAUGGCAGUAUGGACACGUGCUCAUCUCCAACAAGUUCACAGCAACCUCAUGAUUCGGAGAAAAGUAAUGACAGUAGUCGUUUCACCGAAAUACAAAAAGUGCCUACUACCAGUGAAGUGCCUGUCAACAAUAAUGAUGAACAAAACGAUGAACCAAUGGAGGUAUCAGAAGAGAAUAAGGAUAAUCAACGAUUAGACGAAGAUGGGGCUGAUGAGGACGAAGACGAAGAUGAUGAUGAGCAUGAAGAUGAUGAUGAACACACUGGUGACACAGAACGUAGUGAACAUCAACAAAACUCGGAUUCCCGGCCAACAAAUGCAUCUGCUCAAAGUGUAGCUGAUUCAGUUGAGGAGGAGCAUGAUUUAGCAAAUGGUACAGAAGAAGAUGAAGUUGAAGAUGCCAUCAGUGUUGAUUCUGGUUCAUCUGAUGAAGACGACAAAGUUAUUGAAUCUGUAAAUAUUGGCGACACAAAUAGUGAAGAUGAAGACAGUGAUCAUUCCGAACCAAUUGAAUUAAAUGAAUCCGAUGGUGAACAUACCAAUCGUAAUGGUAACACGAAAGACAGUCGUGAACGUAAAGUGAAAUCAACCGAUUCCGGUGAUGUAACAAUCGUAGAGAACGAUAAUAGUGGUAAAUCAAACGGUGAAGUGUGUAGCAGUCCAGAAGUACAAGAAAUAUGUGAUUUAAGUAAAGAUAAAGACUCGUCAAGUGAGACAACACCAAAAAAGAAAAAGAAAUCCACAACGCCUCAAACAAAAGCCGAAUCAAUAACACCUCGACGUAGUUCGCGUAAUUUAAAUAAACAAAAAAGUUAUAUCGAACCCCGUGAGAAUGAUAUUGUUGACGAUGUGGAUGAUGAUGAAGAUGAAAUUGAAGAAAUUACACCAGAUGAUCCACUCGGUCUAUCUGAUCAUCAUCCACCCCAUCAAAUUAAUGUCCAUCAUACUCCUAUAACCCAUCGUCCUCGACCAGCAAGCAUGUCGGGAGGUACAAUUGUUGUGAAAGAUACCAAACGCUUAGUUGAAAUUGCAAAUACAUCAAAAUCAGCAAUGUCCUCUCCAGCAGUAUCUAGUGGUGUGAGUAGCAGUGGUAUGAAAAAAGAACCAACCCUAGUUAUAAUUGAUACAAAUUCUAUAUUAAGUGGACGUGGCCCUGUGCCUGUUCAUAAUAAGCCUAGCGGUAAUUUACCUACCUCAUACUCGGUCUUACCCAUGGCUUUACCCGCACAGGGUGUAUAUCCAGCAAAUAUGCGUGCUACAAUUACACCUAUCCCCAUGAAACAACAACAGCAGAGUAUUUUGCAACAGCAACAUCAUCAACAGCAACAGGCGGCUUUAGCAGCUGCCCAUCAAGCGCAAGCGCAAGCUAAUAUUUUACCGUCAUUAACCGAUGAUAUGUAUGUAGUUGAAGCUCCUUCGUUUAUUGUACCAUACGUUUACGAAAAACCUCCUAUUAAGAAUUUUAAAGAAUUCGUUGUACAUUAUGGAAAAGAAGUGGAAAAGGUUAAAAAAGAACAAGAAGAAAAAAGAAAGAAGAAGAAAAAGAAUCCAGAUGAUGACGAUGAUUAUGAAGUCAGCGAAGAAAGUGAUGAUGAUGAUUCGAAAAAAGAAAACGGUACAAGCGAUGAUAAUUCAAACGAUAAAAUCGAUAAGGGUGCUGAUUACGAGGAACUCUUAGACGCUAAACCUAUCACAGCCGAUACAAAAUUAGAUAAAGAUGGUAAUAAAUCAACUAGCUAUUUUGAUAACCCUCUAGGUAAAUUCUUUUUCAACAUUGGUAUCAACCUUGUACAAGAAUUUGUACAAACAGAAGUCUUAAAACAACAAAAACGGAAACAUCAACGAGAAGGUGGUUCAAUGGCCACAAAUAUGGCAAUACAAUCAUUAAUAAAGAAUUUAGAAUUUAGUAAAGAGGCUAACGAACCGUAUCGUAUGGAAAUGAAAAAAUGUGAUUAUUGUAGUUUUAAAACCGAAUCUGCGUUAGCAUUAGCACAUCAUUUAGAAACACCACACAUGCGUAACUAUGUAUAUCGUUGUAAUUUCUGUCCAUUGGAAGUACGUAGUCCCCAUGAUAUCUUAUUCCACAUGGAAGCUGAACACAAUACACGUGGCCGAUUAGAACGUGCCCCAUCAUUCCAUCAAUGUCCAAAUUGUCCAUACGAGGACAAUCAAAAGGGUAAACUAAGUAGGCAUAUGAUUGCAUGUGCUAAGAAAUUUAAACCAGAAAAGAAUUUAGAACCACCGGCUGAUUGGGAACCACCAGCAAAAAUACCCAGAGUGUCUCGUGGUCGACCUGUUGCGUUAGUACCUGGUGCAGCCCCGUAUCCAACAUUUACACAGAAUAAGAAUAUACCAAUAUUACCACAACGAUUAGCAACGCCACCUAAUUCACAGGCCGCAGCAGCAAUGAUGCGUAAUCGUGGUGUUACUGUAGGUAAUUUAGGAGCUGGUGGUGCUAAUCGACCGAAUAUUAUUGGUAAAAUGCCUAUACGGCCUGGUAUGGUGUAUAGGCCAAAUCAACCCGGACAAGUUCUUGUGCCAACAACUUACCAAUAUGGUGGAAACCAAAUAUAUACCGCGUCAUCAUCGCCUUCAAAUCGAUCAGCAUCAAUUCCCAGUAAAUUAGUAAAUCAACCAAGUAUUUCAAUAACACCAUUACCUCGACAAUCGAGUACAAAUAAUUCAUCUUCAAGUGGUGCGAACGCAGGACAUGGUGGUGUUGGUGCGAUACCUGCAAUGCCAAUGCCAAGUGUAAAACCAGGUGACCCAGCAGCGGGUAAAGCAACAUUUGUUAUAUGUGAAAUAUGUGAUGGUUAUAUCAAAGAUUUGGAGCAAUUGCGUAAUCAUAUGCAAUGGAUACAUAAAGUGAAAAUACAUCCAAAAAUGAUAUAUAAUCGACCACCAUUAAAUUGUCAAAAAUGCCAAUUUAGAUUUUUCACUGAUCAGGGUUUAGAACGACAUUUAUUAGGCUCACAUGGUCUUGUUACUAGUUCAAUGCAAGAAGCUGCAAAUAAAGGCAAAGAUGCUGGGCGGUGUCCGGUCUGUGGAAGGGUAUAUCAAUGGAAGUUAUUAAAUCAUGUGGCACGUGAUCAUAAAAUCACAUUAAAACCAGCCCAUUUAUCAUACAAAUGUACAGUGUGUACGGCAACAUUUGGCAUGUACAAACAAUUUGAGAAUCAUGUAUAUUCAGCACAUAGUGUUGUUGCAAAGCGUGUUAUAGAAAAGAAAAAUAAUGUCACAUCAUCAUCACAAUCGUCAUCGAAUCAAUCAUCGUCAUCAAGAAACAAUAGUGAUUCCUUAUUAAAACCAUUAAAAAUCAAUGAUGAAAUAACAAUUAUACCACAACCGGCUAAACCAAAACCAUCGACAUCCUCAUCAAAUCAACGUCAUCAAUCAGAUUCAUCAAAAGUUGGCGGUGACAACGUAUUGAAUUAUUUACAAUUACGGAAAAUGAAUCAAACAUAACAUCAAAUAAACCUCAAAUAAUUUUAAUUCUUUAAUAAAAAAAAACUAGAAAUUGUAAAAUUAAAAAAAUACAAAUCAGGGAUUUUUGUGCGUUUUUAAAAAAAAAAAAACGUUUUCGUCCAUCUCAUUCAUACACAAUCACAUUGGUCGAACGUGGAAGAUUGUUUUCUAUCAUUUUCCGUCUUAUCGAAGCAGCAUGGAUGAAGAUUGGUAUAUGGUAUUUUCAACAAAGAAGAUUGUAUAAAGCCAGAAAACAAACUUGAAAAUCUUCAGUCAUUUGUAAAAUUAAUUUUCACCUCGGAGAAUCAUUUACAUGUGCCAUCUUAUGACCAAUGUCGUUGUGUAUGAAUGUAACCAUUGAUAACUAUACUAAAUCUAGAUGGUUAACUUUUUGUUGGAAAUAUGAAAAUUAAUGUGUCGGGCAGGAUUUCAUACACAAAAUAAAUUAGGUAGGUGAGGUAAUAAUUAUUGUAACUUUUAAAAUUAUUAAUUUUAAUAUAAUUUGAAAUGCAUAUGAAAUCCAUAAUUUUAUUAACCAUUCAAUUCGAAAUACUGGAUAAGGAUAGACUAAAUAUUAAUGUGAUUAAAUUGAAAAAAGAUUAAAGCAACAUAAAAU